AUGAAAAAUAAUAAUAUUUGAAGACACUGCAGUCAUAUAUAGACAGAAUAUAAUAUAUAUUGAAAAGUGAUCAAUUACAUAGAUCAAAUGUUGAUGAAAAUUGUUUUGUUAGGCAGGAGGUAUAUAACUAAUUAUCUUGUGAACAUUAAGAACCUAAAAACAUUUCCACAAUGAUUAUUUCAAGAAGAUUCAAUUAUGUUUUCUUGAAUUAAAUUUCUGAUCUCUAUCACUGUAGGAUAAAUGCAUCAUAAUUCAAAAUUUUUGGGCUGUUGGAAUGCAUCACUGGAGAUCAAAAGAAUAUGAAAUUUGGGUGGGACACCAUAUUGAAAGGGAACCAGAAAAUGUGUAUAAUCAAAAUGCUGUGACGGUGACUGUUUGCGCAUGCGUGCAGAAAAGGGAGCGUGUUUGUUUACAUUUAUGACUUAACAUAUCACUUGCCAUGUUUAUACCUUUUUUAAGCAAUUGGACACACGUCAGAACAAAUGAAUGUAUUAUGAGAGAUUAAUAAUAGAAAUAAUUAACAUUUUAAUUUAGCUGUCGAUAGCUACCUCCACCUGUCGAUAACUACCCCUGUCAUUAAUGCCACCAAAACAAUGAUUUCCCGCGAUUCGUCACAUGUACGCUUAUUGCAGAUGAUGAAAUAGAGUACGUUUCCCGACAUCUUCGAAAUGCCAUCAUAAAAUAACUUACGCAAAACGGUAAACUUGAAAAACAAGUUUGAAGCUUAGACUGUCGAUAACCGCCUCCAUUGCUCUACUACUGUUUAAUUUUGAUAAUGUACUGGUAUUUAUCACGGAUUUUAUCUUACAUUGAUUAACAUUGAAACAACAAUAUACCCCACUUGUAAGGUUUUGAGGUUGUGAAUGAAAUAUUCAACAGAAUUUGAUAAUUCCUUGUUUUACUCUAGUAAUUCUAAUUGUUUAUGAAAAUAAUAAAUACUUUAAUUUUAACUACAAAAACAGCUUGUUAAAAUUUUGUAUGCUAUUCUUGUUAAUGGCAUGUGUGUUUAGGUGUGUUUUUCAAAUAAGAUUUAUGUAACUUCAGCCUUCAGGAUGUCAGAAUAGAUAUUCCCAAUUUGAUCAGUCUCUUAGUGAAAGAUUUGGAGUGAACCAUUUUCAUAGCAUUUUUUUUUUGGCUCAAUUAUAGAAUAAAGUUGUCAAUUUAUUUUCAACAAUGGGAGAGAGGGAGGCAUUUCUUCAAAAAGUAGAGACAAAGAGUGUUAUUUUUGUUUCCUCCUAGGUAUACAAAUGUUGUUUGUUUGUAGUUUGUUUGGAGAGAAAUCAUCAAAAAUCUGGGAAUUAAGGGAAAUAUUUUUAUAUCAAUAGAUCUGUUUUCUAAUCGUUUGUUUUUCGCUGAUAUGGCUGAUUGCAGUAUAAUCAGAUGAAACUGUUAAUAUCAUUCAUAACCUCAAAAACUACUACGUCAAUGGGAAAGUCAUCACCAGCAAUCUGUUUAUGACAGUGGAUGUUGUCGUGAUGCGUUGGAUAUGUAUUUAUGUCAAAUAUAUCUCGUCAAUAUUAUCAAGACAAAGUUUUUUAAAUUUUGGUUAUAUAUCGAAUGGUUGCCUUAUAUUCUUUCUUGUUUUGUUAUUAAAAAAAAUGUGGCAAUGCGUUAUUAAAAGAAAUAGAAUUUUUGACACUACAGUUGUAUGAAAAAAUAUUGAAUUAUACAAAUUUACAAGAAAUGUGAUGAUGACGGUUGUGGAAGCGAAUAUGAUAAUAAUGUUUUGAUGUAAAUUUAUAUGAUUUCGAGAGAUUUAAAAUAUUGUUGACCAAACACUAAUUAUAGAUUUCUACUAUAAACCGGACACAUGUGUUUGUAUAUUUGUAGUACGCUUGAACCACAUUUGUGGAGACUCAAAUUAUCAAGAACACUGGCUUUCCGGACGCAAUUGUAGUUUAAACUGUGAACAAAUUUUGGAGUCUACAGAUUAAUUUGGUUCCCAUUUACAGCCAAGCUAUGGUAAAGUGUUGCCUACAUGACAUUUGCUUACUGUCCUGAUCCAGGUUGUAACAAUCCUCUGGUAAUAAAACCUCAUUUACGUGUACAUCCUUAAGAGUCUAGUGAAGCUAGUUUAAAGGCUAAGAAUGAUCCUUGUAGUGCCCCAUCUGGAUAGAAUUACAUCUUUGUCCACUAUCUCAGUCAUUACAUUGCUCUGUCUGGGGUCUAUCUCAGUCAUUGCAUUGCUCUGUCUGGGGUCUAUCUCAGUCAUUACACUGCUCUGUCUGGGGCCUAUCUCAGUCAUUACACUGCUCUGUCUGGGGCCUAUCUCAGUCAUUACACUGCUCUGUCUGGGGCCUAUCUCAGUCAUUACACUGCUCUGUCUGGGGCCUAUCUCAGUCAUUACACUGCUCUGUCUGGGGCCUAUCUCAGUCAUUACACUGCUCUGUCUGGGGCCUAUCUCAGUCAUUACACUGCUCUGUCUGGGGCCUAUCUCAGUCAUUACACUGCUCUGUCUGGGGCCUAUCUCAGUCAUUACACUGCUCUGUCUGGGGCCUAUCUCAGUCAUUACACUGCUCUGUCUGGGGCCUAUCUCAGUCAUUACACUGCUCUGUCUGGGGCCUAUCUCAGUCAUUACACUGCUCUGUCUGGGGCCUAUCUCAGUCAUUACACUGCUCUGUCUGGGGCCUAUCUCAGUCAUUACACUGCUCUGUCUGGGGCCUAUCUCAGUCAUUACACUGCUCUGUCUGGGGCCUAUCUCAGUCAUUACACUGCUCUGUCUGGGGCCUAUCUCAGUCAUUACACUGCUCUGUCUGGGGCCUAUCUCAGUCAUUACACUGCUCUGUCUGGGGCCUAUCUCAGUCAUUACACUGCUCUGUCUGGGGCCUAUCUCAGUCAUUACACUGCUCUGUCUGGGGCCUAUCUCAGUCAUUACACUGCUCUGUCUGGGGCCUAUCUCAGUCAUUACACUGCUCUGUCUGGGGCCUAUCUCAGUCAUUACACUGCUCUGUCUGGGGCCUAUCUCAGUCAUUACACUGCUCUGUCUGGGGCCUAUCUCAGUCAUUACACUGCUCUGUCUGGGGCCUAUCUCAGUCAUUACACUGCUCUGUCUGGGGCCUAUCUCAGUCAUUACACUGCUCUGUCUGGGGCCUAUCUCAGUCAUUACACUGCUCUGUCUGGGGCCUAUCUCAGUCAUUACACUGCUCUGUCUGGGGCCUAUCUCAGUCAUUACACUGCUCUGUCUGGGGCCUAUCUCAGUCAUUACACUGCUCUGUCUGGGGCCUAUCUCAGUCAUUACACUGCUCUGUCUGGGGCCUAUCUCAGUCAUUACACUGCUCUGUCUGGGGCCUAUCUCAGUCAUUACACUGCUCUGUCUGGGGCCUAUCUCAGUCAUUACACUGCUCUGUCUGGGGCCUAUCUCAGUCAUUACACUGCUCUGUCUGGGGCCUAUCUCAGUCAUUACACUGCUCUGUCUGGGGCCUAUCUCAGUCAUUACACUGCUCUGUCUGGGGCCUAUCUCAGUCAUUACACUGCUCUGUCUGGGGCCUAUCUCAGUCAUUACACUGCUCUGUCUGGGGCCUAUCUCAGUCAUUACACUGCUCUGUCUGGGGCCUAUCUCAGUCAUUACACUGCUCUGUCUGGGGCCUAUCUCAGUCAUUACACUGCUCUGUCUGGGGCCUAUCUCAGUCAUUACACUGCUCUGUCUGGGGCCUAUCUCAGUCAUUACACUGCUCUGUCUGGGGCCUAUCUCAGUCAUUACACUGCUCUGUCUGGGGCCUAUCUCAGUCAUUACACUGCUCUGUCUGGGGCCUAUCUCAGUCAUUACACUGCUCUGUCUGGGGCCUAUCUCAGUCAUUACACUGCUCUGUCUGGGGCCUAUCUCAGUCAUUACACUGCUCUGUCUGGGGCCUAUCUCAGUCAUUACACUGCUCUGUCUGGGGCCUAUCUCAGUCAUUACACUGCUCUGUCUGGGGCCUAUCUCAGUCAUUACACUGCUCUGUCUGGGGCCUAUCUCAGUCAUUACACUGCUCUGUCUGGGGCCUAUCUCAGUCAUUACACUGCUCUGUCUGGGGCCUAUCUCAGUCAUUACACUGCUCUGUCUGGGGCCUAUCUCAGUCAUUACACUGCUCUGUCUGGGGCCUAUCUCAGUCAUUACACUGCUCUGUCUGGGGCCUAUCUCAGUCAUUACACUGCUCUGUCUGGGGCCUAUCUCAGUCAUUACACUGCUCUGUCUGGGGUCUAUCUCAGUCAUUACAUUGCUCUGUCUGGGGCCUAUCUCAGUCAUUACACUGCUCUGUCUGGAGCCUAUCUCAGUCAUUACACUUCUCCGUCUGGGGCCUAUCUCAGUCAUUACACUGCUCUGUCUGGGGCCUAUCGCAGUCAUUACACUGCUCUGUCUGGGGCCUAUCUCAGUCAGUUCACUGCUCUGUCUGGGGCCUAUCUAUCUGUCUGGGGCCUAUCUCAGUCAUUACAUUGCUCUGUCUGGGGCCUAGCUAUCUGUCUGGGGCCUAGCUAUCUGUCUGGGGCCUAGCUAUC